AUCACGGGCACUCCCACAAUGCACCGGGCUGCUGUAUUAACAUGGCGUCAGUGGUCGCUGUUUUGGGGCCGUGGGCUUUGACGAACAUUAUUUAGCGCAGAGACAUGAAGGCAGCUCCGAGCCCGUCCGGACUCCACCGCACAGCUCCACAGUAAGCCAGGCCGAGCCGCUCCGCGCCGUGCCGGCCUCAGUCGUCCGUCUCCGCGCUUCAUGAGUCGCCGCUGUGUGUUAUUUAUCUCCGUUAGCUCCGCCGGGCAGAGCGGGCUAACGGUCAGUUAGCUCGCGAGGACCGCUAACGGCAAAGUAACGGCUGAGGCGAAGAGUCACCGGGAAGUGAACGGGAGUCCGAACUACAGCACCGGGGACACGUUUGGGUUUUAAUGACUUUAGGUGGCCUGCCUCCCUGGUCUUCCUCAGUGUGGUGUUGACUCCACCCGGGACAAGAGCAGCAGGACAGGAGGGAUGGAUGAGUCCAGAAGUCCAGUAAAAUCAGGCAAACAGUCUCAGCCCAGAGGAGCCAAAGCUUUGUCCGGCGAGAAGUCAAAUAAAGAGGCUCCUGCGCAGAGAGAGGGUACCAAGUCUGCACCCCGCAGACAAGAAAACGUCACUGCUGCAAAGGAUGAACAUAAUAUAGGAAACCGUGGGCAAGGCAAGACUUUCACAGACAUCCCCCAGGAUAAGAGGAGAGGACGGCCAUCUAGGCUGACUAGACUGACUGGAAGAACGAGUUCUGGGGAGAGAGGGAAAGGAAAAGGGGCAAACUCGCAACAGCAGCAGCAGCUGUUGGCACAGGCUCCUGAUUCCAGGGUGUCUCUUUCCACAGACAGUAGCCCCUCGGCAAACAGAGAGACCGGCUCUCCUGUAGUGCCCGGUACACCUGAGAAAGGUUUCUCAGUGCACGCUAAGAGUUCAACUCUAGCUUUAGCAAAGGAAAAGUCCCAUGGGGUGAAAUCUGCUGCACUGAUGCAUCAGUCUGUUGAAGAGGGCAGAGAGGUGAGGCCCACUGUGGAGGAAGGGCCCCUGACUGAACAACAGCUGGGCCUCCGACAGGCAGAGGAGCGCCUCUACAGAGACUACAUCCACCGACUGUUGAAACAGUCCCCCGAGUACCCAAACUAUCAAUACUUAUGCAAGCUCUGUUCGGUGCACAUUGAGAACAUUCAAGGAGCACACAAACACAUCAAGGAGAAGAGACACAAGAAGAACAUCAUGGAGAAGCAGGAGGAGAAUGAGCUGCGUGCCCUGCCGCCGGCAUCCGCUGCCCAGCUGAAGGCCGUUGACGCGGCCGUUCUUGAAACGGCGAGGCAGCACGGGAUCUCAGAGGAGGACUUUGAGGUUCGGAAGGCCGUGGUCAUCAGGAUGGAGGAGAUCAUCAAGAGGCACCUUUCAGCUUGUGCUCUCCGUCUCUAUGGUUCAUGUCUUACCCGAUUUGCCUUCAAAACAAGUGAUAUCAACAUUGAUGUCACCCAUCCUUCCACAAUGACACAACCUGAGGUCCUGAUUCAAGUGCUGGAAAUCCUUAAGAACAGCCCUGAAUUUUCUGAGGUUGAGUCAGAUUUUCAUGCCAAAGUUCCAGCUGUGUUCUGUCGGGAUGUUUGCAGUGGUCUGAUGUGUAAAGUGAGCGCAGGUAAUGACGUUGCUUGUCUCACCACCAAUCACCUGGCAGCGCUGGCUAAACUGGAGCCCAGAUUGGUUCCGCUGGUGCUGGCCUUCCGCUACUGGGCGAGGCUGUGUCACAUCGACUGCCAGGCUGAAGGCGGCAUCCCCUCGUACUCCUUCGCUCUCAUGGUCAUCUUCUUCCUGCAGCAGAGGAAAGAGCCCAUCCUUCCUGUUUACCUGGGCCGCUGGAUCGAAGGCUUUGACGUGAAACGCGUGGAUGAGUAUCAUCUAACUGGAAUACAGCUGGACAUGUUCGUCCGAUGGGAGCGCAGACCUCCAAGCUCCACGGAUGGACGAGGGGAGAACCGCAACGAAGCCAGAGGAGAGGGCAGAUCCAAACCGGAGCAGAAAAAACCUGAUGAUGCACAUUAUUCAGACGGUUUGACACGCCUAACAUUCGACUCAGUUAAAAGUGUGUCGCUGGGCCAGCUGUGGUUGGAGCUCUUACGUUUUUACACACUGGAGUUUGCUCUUGAAGAAUACAUCAUCAGCAUCCGCUUAAAGGAGCUCCUCUCUAGGGAAGUGAAGAACUGGCCACGUCGCAGGCUCGCUAUUGAAGAUCCUUUUGCCUUGAAGAGAAAUGUUGCACGAAGCUUGAACAGCCAAAUGGUGUUCGAGUACAUCCAGGAGCGCUUCCGUACGGCUUACAAAUACUUUGCUUGCCCCCAGAGAAGGGGCACCGGGGGGCGGCAGAGAAGCAAGAAGACAGGAAAGCUGAAAUUUGAAGAGAUCGAGAGGAAGGAGGCUGCAUUUGCGAACAAGGAAGAAGACGACAGGAAAGAUGGAAAAAGUCAAAGUGCUCAGAGGGGUCACCGGGGGCUGAAGAAGGACGACGAGCCUGACAGCGAUGAUGAAGAUGGUUCAGAUCCGUCCACAAGGAAGGACGAGAAAACUUUAGAUGCCAGCCUCAUGGACAUGGUUCUAAAUGAGGGGAGCAAACCUUCCUUCUCCCCCAAUGGCCUGCUGGACAGUGACAAGGAGGGGGAGGAGGACGAAGAGGAAGAAGAGGAGGAAAGCAGCGUUUCAGAUAAGGAUGGACCCGUUGCAUCAGAGGACCUGCACUAUGUGUUUGAUAAGAUGAUAUUUACUGGUGGGAAGCCUCCAACUGUUGUGUGCAGCAUCUGCAAACGUGACGGUCACCUGAAGGACGAGUGUCCUGAAGACUUCAAGAAGAUCGAGCUGAAGCCUCUGCCCCCUAUGAACGACCGCUUCAGAGAUAUCCUUGAUGGACUCUGCAAAUUAUGCUACUAUGAAUUGUCACCAACUCAUGCUGAGCAGCAGAAGAGGGAGCAGAUCCUCGCCAGCCUGGAGAGGUUUAUAAGGAAGGAGUAUAAUGAUAAAGCUCAGCUCUGCUUGUUUGGCUCCUCCAAGAACGGCUUUGGCUUCCGUGACAGCGACCUUGAUAUCUGCAUGACUCUGGAGGGUCAUGAUACUGCAGAGAAGCUGAACUGCAAGGAGAUCAUUGAAGGUCUUGCAAAAGUGUUGAAGAAACAUGCAGGUCUGAGGAACAUCUUGCCUAUCACAACAGCUAAAGUGCCUAUUGUGAAGUUUGAACACAGACAGAGCGGCCUGGAGGGAGACAUUAGCCUUUAUAACACCCUGGCUCAACACAACACCAGGAUGCUGGCCACAUAUGCGGCACUGGAUCCACGUGUGCAGUUCUUGGGAUAUACAAUGAAAGUCUUUGCAAAGCGCUGCGACAUUGGGGAUGCGUCCAGAGGAAGCCUCUCGUCUUAUGCUUACAUUCUGAUGGUGCUCUACUUCCUGCAGCAGCGGCAGCCGCCAGUCAUUCCCGUCCUGCAGGAGAUCUUUGAUGGGACGACUGUUCCCCAGCGCAUGGUAGAUGGCUGGAAUGCUUUCUUUUGUGAUGACCUUGAGGAUCUGCGUCGGCUUCUGCCAGACCUGCAGCCGAACACAGAGUCAGUGGGAGAGCUGUGGUUGGGACUCCUGCGCUUUUACACAGAAGAAUUUGACUUCAAAGAGCACGUCAUCAGCAUCCGCCAAACGAAACGUCUCACCACCUUUGAGAAACAGUGGACCAGCAAAUGCAUCGCUAUCGAAGAUCCCUUUGAUUUGAAUCAUAACCUUGGUGCAGGAGUUUCUCGUAAAAUGACCAACUUCAUCAUGAAGGCCUUCAUCAAUGGGAGAAAGUUGUUUGGAACUCCGUUCUACCCCGUCCCCGGCACUGAAGUGGACUACUUCUUUGACUCGAAGGUUUUGACGGACGGCGAGUUGGCGCCCAACGACAGGUGCUGCCGAAUCUGCGGGAAGAUUGGACAUUACAUGAAGGACUGUCCAAAGCGACGCAGGAUUAAGAAGAAGGAAAACGACAAAGACGAGGACGUAAAAGAGGAGGAGCGCGAGCCGAAGGACCGACGUUGUUUCCAAUGUGGAGACAUGGGUCACGUACGGCGGGACUGUCCUGAGUACCGCCACCUCAAACAGAGGACAACCGGAGCGCCAGCUCCUCACAUGGUACGAACUAUAGUGAGCCAGUCCAUCCCCAUCCCCCAGGCAGCUGCAGACUGUCCUGGCAGGACCAGGCAGCCUUCUGAAUGUUCCGAUAGUCGGCAGACUCCACCAUACUCCCCACAGCCUACAUCUGUCCCCCAGAGUUCGACCCAGUCCUCCAGUUCCCCUCAGCCCUCCCACAGUAAGACCAGUUCUGCUGGUCCUCCGAAGCAGCCUGCUCACCCCCAGGUUCCCCUGCCGCUCUUUAGCUUCCCGACCUCCCAUCCAGGCCAGUACCACCCGGGGGCGCUCACCGCUCUGGGGCUACUUCCCUCCCACCAGCACCAAUCUCACCACUCCCAGGGGCAGCCUCAUCACCCAGUCCACAUCCCUUCCACCUCCUGGCCAAUCCACGGACCAGUCCUCACCACAUCCUCUCCCACCGCCCCCUCCCCGCCCGGCCUGAAAUUCACGCUGCGCUCAGCAUCUGGGAACGGGAGUCCCACCGGCUCAGGGGGCAACCCCAGCCCCAUGAACCUGAACGACCCCAGCAUCAUCUUCGCCCAGCCUGCGGGGAGACAGCUGGGCAUUAGUGGGCCAGGACGGGAAGGACACUGGCACAACCACUUGGCACAACCUGGGUCACUCAUGGGCAAUGGCACUGUAGUCAAGUCAGAGUCCGGCCACCCAGCCCAGUUUGUAAGUGUGAACCAAGGCUCUCGGUUAUGGGAGCACAAUAAAGCACCACAGUACGCCCUGUCUCCAUCCUGGCCCUACAGGAUGCCCCAGAACUACAUCCAGCAGGGCAACGGAGGCUACCAGCCCGGCAAACCUUUCGUGGCCCAAGGUUCUGUGGUACAUCCGAAUCCAAACUUCCCACUGGUCCCACAUGUCCGACAUCAAGUUAAUCUGAAUUUCAUCCAGCAGAAGAAGUGAAACUCACGUCUCGCGUCUUUUUAAUUAGAUUUAUGGUCAGUAACAUAACAAAUCAAAAAAAAAAAAUAAUGUACUCUUUGCAUCAUUUGAUCACAAGAAUUUUUAAAAUGAAUUUUAUCAUUUUUGUACAGUUUUUAUGUUUUAUUUUUUGUCUCAUUACAUUGAUUUGUGAUACAAAUGUCAAAUAUUUUAAUACCCCCAUUUUUGAGGGGGUCCAAAAAAGUGUUUUUAUUUUAUGUGUAAAGUAAGGAGGAAAAAAUGUAAACCUUUAUUUUUAUUAGCUGUAUUCAUACUUUGCUUGCCACAAGAUGAAGGCUUUGAAUAGACGUUUGUUUUAAAAACAAUCUAACAUGUCACCCUAAGUAUGUAGUGCCAAAAGCAGGGAUAGCAAGAAAAAAGGGAAAAAAUCUUAAAUAUAAAAAAAAAAGCUACAAAAAAAAUAAAGAAAAAGCAAACAA